ACAGAUAGGACAGGACAGAUAGGACAGGACAGAUAGGACAGGACAGGACAGAUAGGACAGGACAGGACAGGACAGACACCUGCCGGACUUCUUACGGACGGCGCGAACGACACGGGACGCGGUCAGCUCGCUCCGUGCUGAGCGCGCCGGAGGUCUGCGCCAUGGCGCGAGAACGCGGAGGCGUCGGGACACUCCGCGCGCAGCGGAGAUCGAGGAUGCGUGUGUGAGAGAGGGCAGACUUGGAGGGAUGACAAUGGAGUCUGAACUCAACUGCAGCUCCCAAUGUGACUCCCAACUCUGCUUCGUCCACUCGGGAGUCAACAAGCAGGAAGGCCUGGACAUACUGCAGAGAUUAUGCACUGUCAGCACGAUGAGAAUGGAGCUACCAAAGCGGUCUCUCUCCCCCGUGUUGUGUGCAGUGGUCUGGACUCUGCUGUCCUGUGGGAUCCUCCUGGCAUUGUGCUUCCUCCUCUUUACCCUACGCUUCAAAAACAACAGGAUAGUUAAGAUGUCCAGUCCAAACCUGAACGUGCUAACUCUCUGUGGAAGUGUACUGACGUACAGCAGCGGCUUCCUUUUCGCCAUCGACGAACGAACGUUUUCACAAGGUGGCGAAUCGAGGGCCGUGCUACAGGCUCGGAUGUGGACUCUGUGUAUUGGCAGUACGCUGGUGUUUGGUCCCAUCUUGGGGAAGACGUGGAGACUGUACAGGGUGUUCACACAACGUGUCCCUGACAAGAGAGUGAUCAUCAGAGAUAUCCAGCUGAUGGGCAUGGUGGGCCUGCUGAUCUCAGUGGACAUGUUGCUCCUCGCAGCCUGGAACCUCACCGACCCGAUCCGAUGCUCCCGAUCCAUUGGAGCUGUUGUCAAGGUGGUGGGAAAAGAAGUUUCCUACUCUUUGUCUCAGCUGGACUCCUGUUCUUCAGUAUACUCAAACUUGUGGGUUAUCCUUAUUGCCGUAUUAAAGGGCUGUCUUCUCCUUUAUGGGACCUAUUUAGCUGGGCUGACGAGUAACGUCAGCCACCCUCCUGUCAACCAGUCACCCACUAUCAUAUCGGCAGUCAGUCUGGUCACUCUGUCCACGGCGGUGGCCGUCCCCGUGUCUGUCUUCCUGCAGGCCUGGCCCAACCUGGUGUACAGCUCUGUGGCCGGAGCCAUCUUCAUAUGCACACUGGCCACAAACUGCUUGCUGUUUGUGCCUCAGCUGACCCAGUGGAGGCAGUUUGAGGAGGAGCACAACAACCCCAGUCAGAUGGCCAAGUAUUUCAGCAGCCCCAGUAAGAGCCAGCCCUCCAUCUACAGCCAGGAUGAGAUCUACUACCUGCUGGGGGAGAACAACUCCAUGAAGAAGCUCCUCACCGAGAAGAACGCCGUUAUCGACAGUCUUCAGGAGCAGGUGAACAAUGCCAAGGAUAAGCUGCUGCACCUCAUGUCAGCCAUGCAACCCAGCGAGGACCAGGAGACGGACUCCUCUGCCACCAACCUCAACUCCUGCUCCACGCAGACCACAGCGGUGCAGUCCGAGGGCUCCUCAACACCUCUCCAUCAGCGAGAAGCCCAAUCUUUCCUCUCCUCCUUGGCCUCAUCUCCUCUUCUCUCCCCCGACCCCACUGAUGCUACCACUCGAUCCACUGCUCCACCAAUCCCCGAGCCUCCCCCUGCUCCCACCCCGAUCUCCACAUUCACCAUCCCCACUUCCUCUCCUCCUCUCCCAGGCAGCAGCGCAAUGUGCCCUGAUGUGGGAGAGUGCGGGGAGGUGGAGCACGGCUUCCUGCGUCCCAUGUCCUCGCAGUCCUCUGGUUUACCCAAGACGGGGUAUAUGGCAGCAGGAGAGACCAUCCCCACAUCCCCGUCGAACUAUGUCGGAAACAAACUGCCAGCGGAAACACUGGGUUGUCGUAACAACCGGCGGUUCGUCAGCAGUGAGCAGCUGCAGGAGAUUCUGCAGGAGCUGAGUGUGGAUGCCGCUGUGGAAUCGACGCUCCGCUCUCCCGGUCAGGUCUGGGUGUCCCAGAGACCCUCCCAACUAAACAUCACCGACACCUCCCCCAUUUCACCCCUCUCCCUCCGUGCGCCACGCUCCCCUCAUCUACCUCUCUUCUUCCAGUACCCCAGCAUCUCCCCCUACGCCAUGAGGAAACGGCGGCCCCCCUUCCACUCACCAAGAGGAGGCCCCUCGGCUUGCUUCUAUCUGGGUUCGGAUACCCUGAGCUGCGUGGAGAGGAGGAGCAAUGGUGAAGUCCAGAAGACGGACAAGCAUCCUUCUAAAAUGCCUCCACAACCUGACAGGGUCGCCGCCGCCCCCCUCCACCUUGACCACGCUGACAUAAAAGAGGAGGAAGAAGACAGUGGGGAGGAGGAAGAUGGCGCAGCGGAGCAUCCAGCAAUGAGGAGGUGCAGGAGGUGCGUUUCAGGGCCUCGCAGGUGCUCAAGGCGCAGCCCCGCGGCUCCAUCAGAUGCGGGAGCGUCCGGGGAGCGCGGGCCAUUUUGCAGGCCCGCUCGAGACUCCUGCGGUUCCUGGGACUCCGACUCCAGCAGCUCGACAGACUAUUGCUACUACCACCGCCCCUACUGCGACUCCUGUCUGCAGCGGGGCUCCCUCCUGUCCUCAGACAGCUCCUCCGACUCCUCCGACAGCGAGUACGGAGACCUCCCUGGCCUCUACCGCUCCCCGCACCCAGUGGUCUUCAAAGAGGACCUCAAACCCACCUUUGUGUGAGCGGGAUGUGCGUUGUUUAAGGACUACGAGGCUAAAUCAUGUGUAAACCCAGUUGUUUCUUCAGUAAGUGCACUUUGUCGUAUAUUGCACUGAUUGUAAAGCCCUUCGGGACUGCCUUGUGAUUUUGGGUUAUACAAAUAAACUUGACUUGACUUUAGGUGGCCAGAAUAUUUCCACUGACUGAAUUUAUAUGUAUGUCCUGGGGGGAAAAAACCGUGCAGAGUUGGCAUGAAGUGGAAUAAAAUCUCGUAUACAUGAUGACUAUACUAAUCUGCUUCCAUCAUGGCAGGCUGGAAGGGAAAUGGUCCGUAGCUUUCAAUAUUCAUGUGUUGUCGUUUUUCUUGCAUUCUAUAUGAAGAGAGUUUACUGUCUUGUAUUUUUACAUUUGCACCAUAAGGACACAAAUGAGACAAAGGGGGAUUGAUUGAUUGAUUGA